UUGUAUGAUCCAUAGCCAGACAAUCCAACUGACCGUGAAAUAACACCUCCAAAAUCCUCGAAAUCCUGCCAAGGCAAACAUUCUAGGAAAUGCAAGAUGCAGUACGCCUUAGCGAGCAGGCCGUUCGCGCCAUGUAUGAACGAGGAUACCGAACAUGGCUCAACAUUCGAGACCUGGCGUCCGACAACGACCAGCGUAUCAGAGACUGUCUAUCAAGCAUGCAAACAGCAUUUCCUAAACAUCCUCAAUUUCCUAAAGAUAUCAAGAUCGACCAAGUCUUUACCAAUGUCGCCAUAAUUCGAGGAAGAUCAACUUGGGCUGCCACAACCGAUACGAAUCAUGUACCUUCUUUUGAUCAAGAUACAAUAUUUCAAGUAGCUUGGGACAAACCGACACAAAUUAAUGCGACUCCAAAGCCCAAAAACUUGAAAGCUACUCGAGUGAUCUUGUCAUGCAACGUCAACCAGGACUCCGGAACACCCUCGAAUACUGGUAAUUCUUCUACAGAGGUUGAUAUUGGCGAAGUUGAAGAUGAUGGUGCUCAAUGGUGGGGUGCCGUUCUGUCAAACGAUGGCAGCUGGGACUUAACUAUUCAAGGCCCGAAUGGCAAGCCACUGUAUUCUCCGUGGUCCAUACGACCAGUACUGAACGGAUCAUUUACUAUCGCUAAGAAGAUCACAGCACGAAGCCGUGGAGCAGUCCGAACUCCUACAUCAUCCGCCGCCGCCCGUGGUUACUUGUCUGACUUCUGUUCUCUCCACGAGAUCGAAGAUCAGAAGCUGGUAGCCUUGGUGGACGCUCUGCUAAUACCAGUUGCAAAAUAUGAUGGUAGGUCUAUUGAAUUAUCAAGACCAGUUUUGUCUUAUGGUAAAGGCAGGAGGGCUCAAGCCGCAGCAGGCCAUAUCACAUGGAUAAGUCUCAGUUCGACAAGCUCCUUACCCUCAGCGGCAACCCAAGAGGAAUAA